AUGUCCACAUCUCCAAGAGUGCCCUCUCAUGAGGACAGUGCCGGCGAGGACAGUACCGCGCGCUCAUCCUCUGAUUAUGACGAGGAGAAAUUCAGUCUGCUUGACGGCACCGUAUCCAGCAGCCAACCAACUGCAUCACCGCGGAUUCGCUAUGGUCUCAUAUUGCUGGCGAUUUCCAACGCCGUCACGCUAUGUUUGUUGUUCUAUAAAGCCGCGCUGAGUCCACAGCCCAUGCAGACAACGGCGGUGUAUCCGCCGCAGCCGGACUGGUUCCCUCCGCAGAUCCCCACGAAAAAGAUAUUGCAGAGUGAGCCGAUCUUCGGGCAGGAACCCAACAAUGAGAGCAUUGCUGCUUGGAAUUCACUUUUGCCAAAGGGCCGCGGCUGGGUCCAGAUGCGUAACAAGACGGCUCUCCCGGACAUGCCUGGCCUGAACCAGUCGCUGCCAGAGCAUAUCGCGCUGCCAUCGGUAUACCACCAGCUUCACUGCCUCUACAGCACAAUGCGUGGCUACUACGAGCUUCUAGACCGCAUCGACAACCCGAAGCAACGUCGCGAGCUUCCCGCCGACCCAGGCUGGAACAAGGAACACCUGAACCACUGCUGGGACUAUCUGCGGCAGAACAUCAUGUGCGCGGCAGACGUGACGCUCGAGUGGCAUCGAUGGAAUGAAAAGGUAGAGACGGGCUGGGGGUAUGAGCACCAGUGCAAGGACUGGGAUGCGCUGACGCAGUGGGUGCUGGAGAGACGGACGUCGAACAAUUGGGGCUUGUUGAGGGGAGAGGGAGAGAGGAUUCCGCUGGACAAGGAGAGUUCGUCGUGA